GGAGGAGGAGGAGGCGGAGGCGGAGGCGGAGGCGGGCAGCGCGAUUGCGAUUGCGGCGCCGUUGUCGUCCAGGGCGAGCUUCGGGGCGCCGGCCGGAGCCGGACCCUUAAUCCGCCUGCUGCCGGAGGAGCCUCGCGCCAAGGAGCUGCCGCCGGAGACGGACCCGCGGACAGGCUGCCUUUGUUUGGCUGGAGGCGCUUUUCCGAGGGGCGGCAGCAGCAGCAGCAGCAGCCCCAGAAGCGCCCUGCUCGCCCCGCACUGCUGCUGCUGCUGCUUCUCCUCCCGCUGCCCGCCUGGAUGCUCCUGGCUCCGAGGGCCACGCGAGGUUGCGGCGCGGAGGCGGCCGGGCGCUGGCGGCCCAGGAAGGAGGAGACCACGGGCUGGGCAGCUGCGGCGGCCGCCGAGGCAUGAGAGGCGCCUGCUAGGCGAGCGCUUCCCGGGCAUCGUCGUGCUGCAGCCCGGCCGGGCGCCGCUGUUUUCCUCGCCCGCUUUGGAGCAGCAGCCGGCAAGGGGUGCAGGAGAAGGGGGCUCAUGAUGGCCCUGGCAGACCAUGCGAGCUGUGCCAAACCCGGCGAGGACGUGGUUUUCCCCGAGAUUGUGGAGCUCAACGUGGGUGGGCAGGUCUACAUCACCCGCCACAACACUCUGGUCAGCGUCCCUGGCUCCUUGCUCUGGGAGAUGUUCACUCAAAAGAGCACCCACUCCUUGGCUCGGGACAGCAAGGGCAGGUUCUUUGUGGACCGCGAUGGCUUCCUCUUCCGCUACAUCUUGGACUUCAUGAGGGACCAGCAGCUGGUGCUUCCCGAGCACUUCCCGGAGCGGGGCCGCUUGCAGCGAGAAGCCGAGUACUUCAAGCUGCCUGAGCUGGUCAAGAGCCUGGCCCCCAAGAUCAGCAAGCAGAACUCCAUCGGGGAGGAGCCCUGCCAGAGCGACCCAGAGGAGCUCUCUCCUAGCAUGGACACGGCCCGCAACCUGGCUGCUGCCAGCGCCGCCCUCGCGGGCACCCCAGGAGGCUCCCUCCCAGCCAGCGCGGGGGGCGGCGCUGGGCCCGAGCUCCGCAGGUCCGGCUUCAUCACCAUCGGCUACCGCGGCUCCUACACUCUGGGCAGAGACAGCCAGACGGACGCUAAGUUCCGCAGGGUGGCGAGGAUCAUGGUGUGCGGCAAGACCUCCCUGGCCAAGGAAGUCUUUGGGGAGACGCUGAACGAGAGCAGGGACCCCGACCGGCCGCCGGAGCGCUACACCUCCAGGUACUACCUCAAGUUCACCUUCCUGGAGCAGGCCUUUGACAAACUGGCCGAUUCCGGCUUCCACAUGGUGGCCUGCAACUCCACGGGGACCUGCGCGUUUGCCCACGAGCAGACGGACGACAAGAUCUGGACCUCUUACACCGAAUAUGUUUUCUACCGUGAGUGACGCUUAAACCAAAACCAAACCACACCCAAAGCCGACGGCCCCUUGACCCUCGAUCCUCCUUGUGCUGUUGGUCCUUUAGAACAUAGAAACUGCCCAGUCCUGGCACCUUCCCUCCCUUUCCAAAUGGACCCCCCUCUGGCUCCUCCCUGCGCCGACACCUGAGUAAGGUGGCCCUUCUGUCCAGCAGUAGCCAACCGUAGCGUGCAACUUUCCCUGGACCGUGGACAUGGAUGCUGCUGUGUGUGGGGACGAUGCUGAACUUGUGUCUGGGGGCAGGGCAGGGUGGUGGGUGGGGUGGGGGGUGCAAUUUGCCAGUAUUAACCUGCAAUGCAACAUUACGUGGAGAACGAGGGGGUCGGGUAGCUUACCAUGCGAAGGGCUCCAUGCCUCUUGCUCUGCCUCUGCGGCAGGAAGAUGCUUAGAUGUGCCGUGCGCUAAGGGCGUUUGGUGGAAGGGUUGCCGUGUGGCGGAGGGGGGCUGAGAAGGGCAAAGGACCCCCCCUCCCUGCCACAGACAUGGUAGCCAUAGCCUAUGUAAGCAGCUCUGUGUUUAGACUGCCAGUGAGGCAGCCUCAAGGUGAGUAGGCAAGCAACCAUCUCAUCCCACCACUUCUAUGCACCAUUGGACCCAGCCCAUUUCCAUCCAGUGGCUCUGGAUGUAGAGCGGAGAUCUGGGUGCCCAGUUCUCCACCAGACAGCUAAAAUAUGGGGGGGGGAGGGAUGAUUUGGAGGAGAGAACUGAUGAGAGAGGGAGGGGUGCUCAAACCCACACCUCUGGCCACUUUUCUAGAAGCUGAGAAACGCAUGUCCGGUAAGCCCAGCUAAAGAAAGCAGCUAGGGAUGAAGUGGUGCAGGGAAGAAGUGUGAUUUGGUGGUGGUGGUGGUGGUGGUGGUGGGGUGUUCCUAAGCAGCCCCCAUCCCACUGCUUCUUCCCUCCCAAAUACACUCUUAGAUGAUCAGUGCAGAUCAGACCUGCUGAUUGGGCUGCAGUGUGCGUGUGGCCAUUCAGUUCUGCAUCCUCCUCCCUGCAGUGGCCAAGAGGAUACUCUGGGGAGCCCACAACCAGGUCUGGAAACCGGUGGUCUCUCUCACAGUUGCUCCGUCCCGGCUGGGUUGCAGGGGCAUAGUGCCUCUGGAUCCGGCAGCUCUCUAUAGCCAUCAUGGAUUAUAGCCAAUAAGAGGUCUGGAUUCCCAGGCCUAGGGUCUCCCAUCAAAGGUCUAGUUCAGCUCGGACCCUGGGCAGCAUCCGGACAAAGCUGGUUAUGAUGAAGGGUGGGAAUGAGGUUAGUCAUGAGAAACCUUUCUCAUUCACUUCAAUGGAGUUUAGUUAAGACUAAUCUCUGGAUGUGGCCCUCCAUCUUCAUGUUCAGGUUGAUGGAAAGAGGGGUCUGUGGGUGUGCUUUGAUGUGCACUCACAGCUCACUCCCACCUUGCCCCCCCCCAAACUCUGUACAUGCCCCUGGGGUGGGGUGGGGUGGGGUGGGAACAGAGACUUAUCUUGCACAGAAGCUACAAUGCUAGAUCCUUAGGAACCAUUCAUACCCAAUCUGUCAUUUGUCUUUCCUUCACUUAGAGUAGGAAGAAAGGGCCAAAACGUGAUAACGGAAUAUCUUGGCUGAUUGCUACAGCUUCUGGUGUGCCCAGAACGAUGGCUUUUUAUUUAUAGGUUCAAAAGCAACAAAAAAAAUGGCAAAAGAAGCCAAUUUUCUGACUUCCGCGGUAACUUUUUUGAAGAGCCUCUUUCCAAGUGUAGCACUGUGUAUAUUUCUGGGCCUCAAGCGCUGGCCGGCUCUUGCUUUCGCAGGCUUGGCUGGGAACUCUGUGUAAUAAAGGAAAAAAGGAUA